AUGAGUUCAUCAGCUGAUGCACGUGCUUCGACAACAACAACAACAUCCGUUACGGCUCAACGUCGUUUAAUGCGCGAUUUACGUGAUCUGACACAAAAUCCAGUAGAAGGUAUCAAUGCUGCACCUGUUAGUGCAGACAACAUCUUCCAAUGGAAUGCCAUUCUUGACGGACCUGAAGAUAGUCUUUUCGAAGACGCAACUUUUGUUCUAACACUAAAAUUUCCAGGAGAUUAUCCAAAUCAUCCACCUGAGGUGAAAUUUGUCACGAAAGUCUUUCAUCCAAAUAUCUAUAUGGAUGGUUCGAUUUGUCUUGAUAUAUUACAACAUCGUUGGAGUGCGAGUCUAGAUGUUUCGACAUUGCUUGUGUCAAUUCGUUCUUUACUAACUGAUCCUAAUCCAGCAUCACCAGCAAAUUCAGAGGCAGCAAUGCUCUAUCAAAACCAUCGUCGAGACUACGAACGACGUGUUCGAGAAUACAUUGAUCAACAGCUAAUGGAAGAUGAUGAGAAUGAUGAAAAUGAUAAUGAUAAAUCAGCAACAGAUAAGAAGAAUCGUGUUUCAACAACUUCGUCGCCGCCUCCUGCUGCUGCUAGCGAUUAG